GUGCACACGAAUCCCUUGGACCUUGCUGAUCCUGCCGUUCCGGGGUAGGGCCUGAGAUGCUGUCUUUUUCUACCAGCUUCCAGCGCGUCGUACCUUGAGCGGCGGUGUUCUACAGUCAUUAGUUUAGUACUUGGGACGAGUAUCUGGCACCAAUUCUGGCCCAGUCAUUUGUGAUCCAUGGCUCUUGUGGUAUUCCGAAGAUUUCCAGGCAGUUUAUAUGGAACACCUCACUGUCCAGCUCUAAUCAAGCACCAUGUAGACAAGAAACUGGCUGAUCAGACCUGUGACGACUGUGCUCUGCCUACCAGAAAGAUCAUUACUCACACCAGAAUGACAGCUACUCUCAAGUUGUUAAAACCUGUAAAAUACAAAGUUUUUUCCAGUCCUUUUGCCUACAGUGCAACCCAGAGUAUGGCAUAUUGGAGUGUGGGCAGCAGCACACGGCAAGGGGGACAGGACCUUCCAGAGCACCAUAGCCUCCACUGUGCUGCCAGAAAAAAUAAGAACAUUGCUAGUAUAGCCUCUUCUCAGAGAGGCCUGGGAUUCGGCAAGGCUUCUAUCUCUAAUGCCAGCACAUUGCAGCCAGGUUCGCCCUGUGCCGUGAGGGUUGAUGAAGAGGAUGUAGAAGUUUUUGACUCCUUAGAAGACAUCCGGGUUUUCCUGCAGCUAAGGCCUGAGUACCAGCUUCACAGCUAUACCAGAUCUGAGACUUGUCAGCCCCUGUCUGUUUCAGAAGGUGAACUGAUUUUGCACAAAGUCACAGUUUAUCAAAGUAGCCUUCAGCCUGAAGUCAUUGUUGAUUAUUUCUGUAAGCUGAGCACUUUGCCUGCUGAGCAGCAUCCUGGUUUGCUGCCAAGAUCCAGCUUUGCUUUGCUCUGCCAGCUGAGUGUGAAGAACAUACAGCUCUUCCAUAUAGAAGACUUGAUCAGUAUUUUGAAAGCCUUUGUUGGUUUAGGAAUCCCUCGAUCCCAUCCAAUUCUAGAUGUGUAUGAAACCAGGUUUUGCCAUCAGGUGUGGAAGAUGAGUCUAAAUCAGCUUCUCUUGGUGGCUGAUCUUUGGCGAUACUUGGGCCGCAGAGUACCCAGAUUUUUAAAUAUUUUUUUUAGUUACCUUAAUUUGCACUGGAAAGAGCUAUCCUUGUCCCAGCUGAUUCACUUAAUUUAUAUUAUAGGUGAAAGUCGUGAGGUACCACAAGACCUAAUGCAAAAACUAGAAUUACUAAUUGUUAAGUACAUAGAUUUGAUCAAUUUAGAGGAGGUUGGCACAAUCUGUUUGGGGUUCUUUAAGUCAAGUAGUAGUCUGUCAGAAUUUGUCAUGCGGAAAAUUGGAGACUUGGCUUGUGCUGACAUGAAGAAUCUGAGUAAUCGUGCCUUAGUGCAUAUUCUUAAAAUGUUCCGUUUCACUCACGUAGAUCAUGUAAAGUUCAUGAAGCAGUUUGGAGAGAUUGCUCCUCAGCGAAUUCCUUCCCUAGGGGUACAAGGUGUCAUGCACCUGACACUUGCCUGCUCAGCCUUACGUUUCCUGGAUGAAAGAGUCAUGAAUGCAGUGGCUGCCUCUUUGCCUCCUCGGGUAGCACAUUGUCGAAGUAAAGAUGUUGCCAAGAUUCUGUGGUCAUUUGGAACUCUGAACUAUAAGCCACCCAACACAGAAGAAUUUUAUUCCAGCCUGAUAAAUGAGAUUCAAAGAAAGAUGCCUGAAUUCAACCAAUAUCCAGAACACUUGCUCACUUGCCUGCUGGGCCUGGCGUUUUCAGAGUACUUCCCAACAGAGUUUAUCAACAUUGCUCUGAGUCCAGGGUUUGUCAGGCUGGCCCAGGAGAAAAGCAAGUUUGAACUCAGUAAAGAACUUUAUACUCUUGAUGGCACAGUUGGUAUUGAGUGUCCAGAUUACAGAGGCAAUCGUCUCAGCUCUGACCUUCAGAAAGAGGCAUCAGCAAAGCUGUGGGAUUUAGCAAGAAAGGAUAUGACCUCAAAGCCUGAAUUCCUAGAAGCUUUCUCUUUACUUGAGACCAUGUUGGGUGGCCCCCAGUACAUCAUGCACCAUAUGAUUUUACCUCAUACUCGAUCCUCUGACAUGGAGGUCCAGCUUGAUGCUAACAGGAAGCCAAUACCAUUUAACAGAGAUGCCAUACCAACUGAUGAUGUAGCCAAAAUAAAGCUUAAGCCUGUGGGAGUCAGCCUUACAGAUGACUUGAUGAAUCAGUUGCUAAAAGGUAAACCACGAGGUUCUUUCAAGAGGGAAAUUGAGUCAAAGACUAGACAGCAGCCCAUGGAGUUAGACAACAAAGGAGCAAUAAACAUGGAGGAUGCCCAUUGCAAUGUGGCAGAUACAUUGGGGACUAUGGAGGUGGCUGGGCCUUGUCCCCCAGUCCAGAUAGAGACCCCACUAGUGAAACUAGCCAUUCAACUGACAAACAGAAACCAAUAUUCUUAUGGUUCCAGGGAUCUGCUUGGAUUGCACAAUAUGAAGAGGCGGCAACUGGUCCGGCUUGGAUAUCGUGUGGUAGAGUUACCCUACUGGGAGUGGUUCCCCCUAUUGAAACGAACUCGCUUAGAGAAGCUGGCGUAUCUCCAUGAGAAAGUGUUCACUGCUCUCUGAAGUGCUCCCAGAGGCAUUUCUACUCAUAAAAGCAAUAGGUAUAUACCUUACCAGGUAUAGGUUGAGCAUCCCUAAUCCAGAAAUAAAAAAUUCUAAGUGCUUCAAAAUCUUUAAUGUUUUGCUGUUGGCAAUACUCAGAGAGCAUCAUGUUGGCUCUGCAGAUGCUCUAUUACUUGAGCCAUGCAUCCAAUGUUUCUUGUUCUUUUUGCUUUGUUUUUUAGGUGUGUGUACAUGAGUGUGUGUGUGUGUGUGUGUGUGUGU